AUGCAGCGUUCGAAGGAACUCGAAUCUCGUUGUCGGCUUUUGGCCGAACGAGUGACGGACAGUGUUCGAAUCCUCGACCAUGACCCCAGUCUUGCCUUGUACAGACUUCAAGAACAUGUCGGCCGCACCCUGCCAUCGAUCGUCCAGAAAAAAAUCGCGCUUCAGGAAGUCCAGCAGCAACUGGCCGGCGUUCAAUUCGAUCUCGACAAUGCGUUAGGAACGGUGGAAAAUAUGAAACGAGCCGGGCCAUCGUUCGAAAAAUCACACGAAUAUCUUCGGAAUUGUAUGUACUACAAGCAACAGAUCGACUACGAGAAAGCGCGCAGUAUCACGGCGACCGAGGCGUCCAAGACGGCCAAAGGACGCAGCAAGUCUUUUCACGGGCAACUCGAACGGAAC